AUGCUGGGACCAGCAUUUUUCUCAUGGUUAUUGCCACUGUGGCCACUGCUGCUGUGGCCGGGACAAGUUUCCCCACAGGCGCCUAUCCAGGCUACCUCCGUGAGGGUCACAGACCCCCCAGACUGCCCCGAGGCAUGUGCGUGUGCUCCAGGCGGCCAGGCCAACUGCUCAGCCCGGGAACUGCCCGCGGUGCCGGCGGGCCUGAACCGGCAAAUGCGCGCCCUGCUGCUGGACCACAACCUUCUGCAAUUGCUUUUGCCCGGCGCCUUUGCUGACGCGGACGCACUUGUGCAGCUGGAUCUGAGCGGGAACAGGUUGGGCUGGGUGCACGCUCGCGCCUUCUGGGGCCUGAGCGCGCUGCAGCAGCUCGAUCUGAGCAUCAACCAGCUAGAGGCAUUGGCACCGGGCACCUUUGCGCCGCUGCGCGCGCUGCGCACUCUCUCGUUAGCGGGCAACCGGCUGGCACGCCUAGAGCCCACGGCGCUGGGCACACUCCCGCUGCUGCGCGUGCUCAGCCUGCAGAACAACGCGUUGUCCACGCUCGCGCCCAGUCUGCUGGCCGCCCUGCCCUCUCUUAACGCGCUUACCCUGCGCGGCAACCCGUGGACCUGUGACUGUGCGCUGCGCCCGCUCUGCACAUGGCUGCGCCGGCACCCGCGGCCUGCCUCAGAGACCGAGCCGCUGCUCUGCGCGUCCCCGAGACGUCUGACACUCAGUCGUUUAACCGCUCUCCCCGACGCCGCCUUCCGACACUGCGCGCAGUCGCUCGCCGCGCGCGACUUGGCAGUCAUCUACACACUCGGGCCCGUCUCCUUCCUCGCCAGCCUGGCCUCCUGCCUGGCGCUGGGCUGCACGCUCGCUGCCUGCCGUGCGCGCCGCCGCCGUCGGCAAGCGGCCGCCCGUCGCCGGCCAAGGAGGCCGCUGGACAUCGACCCUGGCGGCCCUGCCCCGCCGGAGAACGCCGGGAGCCCUGCCGGCGGAGCUGCCGACCUCUGA